AGCGCGGCGAAGAAGAAGAAAGAAGCAGACGCGGGAAUUUGUGUUGACAUCUUGUUUAGCGCGUUAGCUUUCUGCUAUUUUCUGUUCUGGGGUCCGAGCAAUACUGAAAGAAAAAAAAAUCUCAUUUAUCCAUAAGGGAGAUGUUAACUGCGAAAACUGAGCCAGCUAGUCAGCUAAGGCUAGCUAGCUAACAAUAGUAUUGAAACCAAUGAGUAUCCAUCGCUUAACGAAGCUAAGCUAAGCUAAGCUAAGCUAAGCUAAGCUAAUAAGCUAGCGAAUUUCCGAAGAACGCUUAAAGAAGUCUGAAGAAUAAACACCACCGGCGCUGACGCCUUUCUCUUACAAUGGAUCGAAAGAUGAUGAAUUUGGGGAGAGCCAAAAAGAAACUUCGUUACUUUCAGUCAGAGGAAAGUACUCCAUGUCAGCUGAAGAUUAAAGAUGUCUUUAGUAUGAAAGACCUUGAUAACAUUUUUGAUGAUUUAGAUUCUGUUCCAGGGACGCCGCUGCUUUCGCCGUUGCCCUCGCCGCUGCCCAAGAGCCCGGGGUUAGACGAGAAAUAUAAAGGAAGCCAAUCACCAGUUAAGAAGACACCCUUAACUUUCAGAGGACAGAUCAGUCCCCUCAAGGGUUCUGAUGUUUUGUUAGCCGAUGCUGACAUUCAGGUGGAUCAUUUAAACAAUAAAGGAAGUCCGCUGGAAGAAAUUGCUCCUAUUAAGACCUCCAGUCCCAUCGAGCUGUUGGCAGUCGAGCAUAUUACAGAGGAUGCAGAAAAGCCCGAAACCUCUCCACUGCUCUUCGGCAUCGAGGAUGAGGAGCCAGUUGUGGGCGACUUGAGCAAACCCAAGAUGAAUCAGAUAUCAGAAUCCCUAAAGGAGAUUUCUCAUGGGGACAGUGAAUCAUUGGUGUCUCCUCCGACACAACUGAAGUUUGGAAAGCAGACAAAACAGGAUGAUCUCGCAACAAGCUCAUCACCACAAAAAGCACCAGAUCAAGGUUGCAAGACCCUGCAACAGUCGGAACCUGAGGAAGAGUUGCAAACGAAUGGACGCGUAAGUUUAUCUCCGGUAAUUUUGAUUCUAAAGCGUCAGCCUGAACCUCCUCCCGAGGAGCAACGUAAUGUGCAGGUGCAGGAGGUGGCUGUGAGACAGUCGCUGUUCCAGAAAAAGCUCCGAAAUUCCCUACAGCCUAAAGCCUCAGGUUUCAGGAAACAGGAUACCGUGAAACAACCAGCUUGUGCUCCUUCACCCAUCGAUCCCGAGGAAGACUUCAUGAUCCUGGAAGAUGACAGUCCUAUUCGCUUCACAAUUCCCAGGAAGACUGAGACUAAAGAAAAGUCUGCACCGGAGAGCGGGCCCGUAGUGCCGCAUUCAAAAGAGAAAGCUUCUGCAAAGGAGACCGAAGAAGCUGAGAAUCUCGAAGACGGACCCAAAAAGAAAAGAAAGGCAAAGCGUGGAAGGGCUAGUGAUAUUUCCACUAAAGAUGCCAUGGUUCAGUCAGCUCCAAAAGAGAACGAGGAUCAAGUCGACGAAGACGUGGGAGGUGGAGAACAGAUCUGUCUUUCUCCAGAUACCAAUCAAGAUGCUGAUAUACCUGAUUCCGUACCACUUGGUAAAAAGGUACCAAAACGCAAAUCCUCCAAGACUGUACAGCAAUGCAACAAAGAUGGUCAUGAUGUUGGUGCCAAAAUUCCAGCCGAAAAACCUAAAGCUAAAACAAAGAAAUCUGCUAAAUUGGCCUCCAGUACUGAUACAGAGGAGGAAGAACCUGUGUCAAGUGUGAAGAAUAAACCCUUUAAAAUAAAAUUUGCCUUUAAGGCAGGCAGAUAUGCGUCUACAGGUUUAAGCUCUGCAAAACCAAAGAAACCAGAUGAGAGCAGGAGUACGAUAAAGAAUAAGAAAAGGGUUAAAGAGCAGGAUCAUGUGGCUGAGGUGCAAAAUCACACUGAACCAACACCGGACCCUGCUGAGCAACCAGAGGUUCAGAGCCCGAGCACAGUUAAAAAAGCAAAUAAAGAGCCUGCAUCAAAACAGGGUGCUCCAAAGAAGCCUCAAAAGGUAAAGAAGACAGAGAAAACAAAAGAAAUCUUAAAAAGCAAGGAGCUUGUGCCUGAGCCUGAUGUUUCUGCAGAAACCUCUGUGACCAGCAAGAGAAAGAGAAAACCACCCGGGGAAUGGUGGCUCACACAACACGAUGAAAACUAUGUGCAGGAGCAUCAAGAGUCUUCCCAAGAGCUCAAACCCAGAAAAAAAACUCAAAAGAAAGCUCCAGUAUUAACAGACUCGCCCGAGCAAGAGUUAGCUACAACUUCUCAGGAAAUCCAGCACAAGCCUGUUCCUGUUCAAAAACUGCCCAAAAAGGUGAAGUCGUCCCAGGCAGCUAAAUCUCAGUCUAAUCCUGCUGGUUCCUCGAAAAAUCCUAAAUCAGCAGGUGGCAGACGGAAACCAAAGUCACGAGCUCAAGAGCAGCGUGAAAUGACGCCAGCUCUCACGGAUGAAGAAGAGGCAAGAGAUAAUGAGGUUUCAGGGCAGCUCAGUCCGGUGGCAUGUGGUCAACUUCUUAGACAGUGCAGUCUAACUCCAGGAGAUAAAAGGGUGUUUGAUAAUAUCUACACACGGGAAGUUCAUAGUAGAUCAGCUCAGAAACGUUCUCCACUGCAACUUGAUGCGGUGGAAAGUGUUCCCGUAAAACGCCAGAGAAAACCACCCCAGAACUGGUGGGAGGUUUCACAGUCUCAGGAACCUGUCCAGAAGUCUCUGUCUCCACGAACUUCUUCUCCGCAAACAUCCAGACCAGAGAUGGGCCCUCCGCGCAGUGCCUUUCCUCAGAUGGCCAGUUUACAUAAGGCAGUGGGCCGUGGUCAGAAAAAAAAUAAAACGAAUAUGAUCAACACUCCAAAGUCAGUCAAAAGAUCAUUGGCCACAUUUGAUGCCAUAUAUGACUCUGGGAAACCAGGCCUGUCUACAGAGAGAGGGCGAGGAGCCAAGCAGAAGGGCCGCAGGAACCUGCUACACUCUCUGGAGGAUCAGUCAGAGCAGUCCAGCGAGAACAUCCAGAACGACUGUCAGCUGCAGGCUAGCAGCCACGCUACCUUUGACGUGUGCGUGAGUGGUGAGUCCAGUGCUGCUUGGAGGAAAUGUAAUCCUCGGCCAUCAAGUGGAUCUAACAGAGCAUCUGAUUACGACAUCGCUUUCAAAAGUGGUCCUUCAUCAUUAAUUGAGCUGGAACGAUAUGAAGAGCAUGAGGACGCUGAAUUGCCAUCGUCUAGGAUAAUUUCUCAAACCCGAUUCACACCGCGUGUUCUGUCUGACUGUGAUCUGUGUGGCCCUCCACUAAAGCCUAUUGUUCUCGAUAACGAAGACUGGGAUAACCUCUGUGUUUGGUUCACACAUAUCUGGCCAAACACUUCAAAAGAUAGUAAAGGUAUCAGCCCAGAUGACUUCCACUGGCACAGUCAUGCCGGACGAGCCAUGGGUCAUAUGAUUGACCUUCAAAACAACACAUUCUCAAGUGGCAAGAUUUUAUUAGGCUCGUAUAUGAAGAAACCUGCUCAGAUGGAUCUUAAUGCAGUUACUGUAUUUAAUGUAGCAUCGAGUUGUGUGCGGGUGGAAAUCGAUGGUGCCAAGGAGGUCUACAAUUCGGGACAAACGUUUAUGACGCCUUGUGGGCAAUCAUAUAGCAUUCUCAACAUGUGCCAGGAGCCUGCUGUUUUGUGGUACCACAGGAUGUUACCAAAUCACACAAUGAACUGAAAUGGCAAGAAGCAUGACUGCAGGAAAUCAUGUCCUUUGGUACAAGUGUUGUAUGGAUAUGAUGAGGCUAAAAUAUUGGAUGUUGUAACAUGAUGUAAAUAUAUUGUAGUUUUUUGGAUGUGGAUUUGAAAUAGCCUAACAGGCUUAGUGUUUGCCUUUAGAGGGACAGUUUUUUAAAAUGUAUAUAGCACUGUAGCCCCAUUACAGAUGAUAAAAGAAAAGGAAAUAUGAUUCUCAUUGUUCAACUUGUUAUUUAAAGCUGUUUUUACUACAAGGCAGAGAUUUUGAUGCAGUGUCCCUUCAAAAUGUCAAAUAAAUGAACUUGUCAGUAGGGGGCAUUGUAUCAUAAUGCAUGUCUCCUUCAGUCCUUGGUUGAAAAAAAAAAAUCCAGUGAUAAUCCGGAUGUUUGGAGACAUAUACGUUGGAGGAAUCCUGAUUACCCGUUGGCAUCAGUAUGUAUUGGGCGUUGAGCACAUGAACGUUAUAAGUAUUCGUUUCUAAACACAAAUCAGUGAUGAAUCUGCAUUGAAAUGUGUUCUAUUAGAAAUUCUUAAGCUGCCACCGUUUGCUUCACAUGCUUGUGAACUGUCCACUGGACCCAUGUGAUUCGCCUGGGAUCAUGCUUCGAUCACGCGACUUCCAAUGCAAAAAUCAAACAAAAGCGGCUGAUCAUCAUGCUGUAAAAUCACUUUAGGUGAUGCCUGUGCACAUACAAGGAGUCCUUAUCCAGAUGUAGGAUGCAUUUUCAGCAAUUUGCAGUUGUUGCUAAUACAGAUGUGUUUAAAAGACUCCUGUAUCCAGAGAGAGAGAGAGAGAGAGAGAGAGGCAGUCCUGUUAUGGUCAUGUUCAGCUGAAUUUAGCGCCUUGUUUAUGCUGACAUUAAGCCUGCUUAGACAUUACGUGAGCUGCUCAAAAGUGUUAAGACAAAUUAGAAAUUGACAGCGAGAGAUGUAAUAACGACACACAUUAUAGGAUUUCAUUUAAGGUAAACACAAUGCCAAUCAGUAUUAAUUUGAUAUCUUAAUCCCCUGCCCACCCAGGAUGUUUUUCAUAUGUGAGCAAUGUGGCACAUGGCCAGCUAAUUCUUAACAUUUUAUUAGAAGUUUUCUAAAUACAAUCAAGGGAUUAAACAGUUCUGUGAGUGUGUCCUGUUAUUGGGACAUAACCACUAGGGUGUGGGAGUACCGUCAUUUCUAUUCAUUUAUAGUUACAUUUAAUCUUUCAGAAUGUACAUGAAGUUAGUUCUUCCUAUCAUUUGCGUCUGUCCCUUACCAGCUUUCUGUUUUUCUUUCUUUUGAACAAAUGCAGAUUGUGGUGUUUCAGGAAAGCACAAAGCUUUCUGUCCUUAAGACUGUCCUGUACUGGAAACCAUAAAAGUAACAGUUUUACUGCUGAUACUGGAGAUUUCUUCCAAAAAUGUUAUCAGUGUCUCCUCCCCAAACAAACAAGAAAAUCCUCCCAUAGCAAGAGUACUUUUUUCCCCCCCAUUAUGCAUUGCGUAUGUCAUUGUGUAAGUUGUUGCUAUAGAAACGAUAGCAUCUUAGAAUGACCACAUAUAAAUAUCCACACCAUUUGACCAAUUAUAAUAGAGAAUUCAGCAGUGCUGUGGUGUAAUCUGAAGUAACAGACCUUCCACCCUUUUGUUUUAUAAAGAAGUUAAAAUUCCUCAGCAAAUUCUGAGUGCUGUUUUGUUACGAGUCGGCCGUUUGGAUCAGUGGCACAUCGCUACACAUUCCAACGUUUGCCGGGUUGAGUAACAAGGAUCUGAACGAUAUCAGCAGACUGUUUCCUUGAUGUAUUUUUUUGUUUUAUCUUGAAGCCUUACUGGGUUUUAAAGAGAGCAGCUAAAGCCUAGAAAAGAUCAGAGCAAAAGAACGAGAGGAUAAAUCUCUUCUCUAAAGCGAGUGCCAACCGGCUGCCUGGAGUCAGGUAUCGAAUAGAAUGAGCGUUGAUUUUUCUACGGUUUCAGUCUGCUGUCAGUCUGGAUAAGGCUAACGCCAAUAAAAAUAGCUAACCUUUGACCCUCAUUUGUUAACGCUAACCAUGGACUAUUCCAAAGGUUAUGAUGUAAAUGCGUGACCUUUCUGGGCCUACAUACUCACUCACAAAUACCUGCAGCUCUUGUCAUCAUGUUUCUCCUGGCCUUUGCUUUCAGCUAAACAUCUGUGUUUAGGAAAGAGUUUUAAGAACAGCCUGUAAAAGAGAACUUUAUCUGUAGAUCAAGACAUAAAAUGAAAGAAAAUGGUUUUCCUGAUGCAAACAGAAUCCUCAAAUCAAGCGUGUUCUUAGAAGUACACCAAAGCAGCAUAAUGCUUUAAGUUACAGGCUCCUGGCAGCACUGAUUAGUGUGUUCUCUCAUUUUCAGACAAUGUGGCAGGCGGGAGUUAAGCGUAGAUGAAGGCGAUGGGAGAGGAGGAUGAGAAAUUGGCUUAGCGAGGCAGUCAGGAGGUGAAAAAAGCUCAAAGGAAGACGCUCCACAUCUUUAUCCUCCCUGAUACUUUUCUCCUCAUGUCUUUGUGAGAUCAAACCCAGGUACUUAGGCAGUAAUGGAAACCAUUAUCACUUCAUCCUGUGCUGGAAAUAGUUUACACUGAAGUUUGGCAGAAAGCUGUAGUUAAGGUGUGGUAGGAAAUUGGGAGCAAAUGUGGCAAAAUAAUUAGUUUCACAACACACAAUUACAUUUUUUAUUUUUCGGUUUGUUGGCAUCAACAAAACAGAAACAUUGAUUAAACUUAUUCAAGAAGGGUUCCAUGUGAGGCUGGUAAGAUUUCUAUACCCUAUAGCCAAAAGUUUAUGGACACCUGACCAUCACACCCAUAUGUAUUUGGCAAACAUCCCAUUCCAGAUUUAGUUAUAAACUCAGUUAUAACUUAGUAAUAAGCUCCACUCUGCUGGGAAGGCCAUCCAUUUCCACUAGAUGUUGGAGUGGGAUUUUAUGUUCAUUCAGCCACAAGAUCAUUAGAGGUCAGGUACUGAUGUUGGGGUCUGGGGUGCAGUCAGUGUUCAGUGGGGUUGAGUCAAAGUCAGGGCUCUUUACAGGACACUCAGGUUUUUAACACACUAUAUCUUCACAGAGCUUGCACAAAGUUUGUGGUAACAGUUUGAGGAAGAAGGACAUAUAAGUAUGUUGGUCAGGGAUGCACACGUUUGGUCACAUGGUGUCAACUUUAGCUAUUGCGGAUAUGAAGUUACCUAUGUCAGGUGUCAAAGAAUGUUA